UAUAGUACAUAUAAAUUAUCUUACACAUUAAAUAGUGUUUUAAGUUCAACCAUGGAGGAUGAAGACUUUCUCCAACCGUCCCAGUUCUCCCGGACACAGCAACGGAGUAACUCCACAAACCGGUCACCGAUGGUGACCAGUACGAACCCCUGCCCUGGCGGGUCACAAGUCCGGCCAAGCCAGCCGAGCCAGGCCCGUCAGGGGUCGUUGCAGACUGAGCUGUCGCAGCUUCAAGAUGGACUGAGGUUCCUUACGGAGAGAUUUCAGCAGCUGUCUGGAGACAGCAGGGGCAUCAAACGCCCAGCAGAACCGAAGCCAAACAUCAAAGAAGAAUGCCAGAUCUGCCACAAACUUUAUGCCAACAAAACUACACUCUUCCGACACUACCAAGGUAUUCACAAAGAGAUGAACCCGGAGAGGUUCCACGGCUAUUCCGUUAACAACACUGUAGUUAGCCUCGAUGCGUCUUUCAGAACUAUACAAUGUCCUAUUUGUGCUUAUGUCGCUACCACACAAAGUGCUCUUGAUGCUCAUAAUAGAACUACUCAUAGCAAUGAGGUUAAUGCUAAUAUCCAUGUAGCUCCCACUCAAAAUGUAGAUGCUAAUAGAACUAAUAGCAAUUUAGUUGCAAAUAAUACAGCAGCUAACAAUGGUGUUACUAAUAACCUAGAUAACAGUAAUAUUAAAGAUAAAAUGCACAAAUGCGAAGAAUGUGCAUGUUAUUUUGAAGAGAAAAGCAAAUUUGACGAACACAUGAAAGUACAGCAUGGUUAUGAAGUUGUAUGUAAAAUUUGUAAUAAGAACCUACUUUUUAAAGAUAUUGACGAGCAUGUUAAAGAGAGUCACCCGGAUGUGUAUAGCAAAAAACGCAAAGAGAAUGUUGAAAAAAUAAUUGUUGAGAAAAUUAUGAGAAAUAAAAGAGGGAAUAGGGUUAGUGUUUUUAUUUGUACUAAAUGUGAUACUAAAAUGUAUGACAAAAAGGAAGCUGACAGGCAUGCUAGAAGCCAUAAGAAAGGGCUUAAAAUAAAAUCUUCAAGAAUCAAAGUUUCUAGUGCUCAAGAAAGCAUUCCAUUAGUUGAUUCAGAUGCUGAUAAUGUUAUACUUACGUGCACCAGUUGUGACAUUUCUACAGGUUCCUACGAUGCUGCUGUUGAGCAUUCACAAAACCACAUUACAAAUAAUACACAAUUUGUGACACAAGUCUGUGAAAUAUGCGAUUUGAAAUUUGAACCAUUAUGUUUCAAGAAACAUAUUGACUUGCAUUACAGGAACAAAGAAUUGCACAAAGAAUCAUUCAAAUACUUUAAAUACAGAUUUGAAUUUCUGUCCUUUGAAAAUUGGUUCAAUUGUUUCGAUAUGGCUGAUUCUGUUAUGAAGAAAAUGGUAUCUGAAAGCAUUUAUGCGCACACACGAUCUGUGAAAAUGAGAGUCUUGCAUGAAGGUGUAUGCAGUCUUUACAAAUGUUGUAAAUGUAACAAUUUUGUAGAACCAGCUGCAGUGCACAACCACACUGUAAACUAUGACACUUGUGUCAAAGUUAUGUGUAGCUACCCUUGCAAAGUCUGCAAAAGGACAUUCAACAAUCGAUUGGCCAGAAAUAACCAUAUAAAGAACCACAAAAGCGAAGAGGCCUAUAAAAUCGUAUUAUUUAAUCACGAAAAUGAUAAAGAAUUCAAUGAAGUACUCAAUGCUAAUAAAUUGCAAAACACUGCCAGUACCAGUAAUGGCAUAGUUUCGAAAGUACUGUAUAAAUGCCUAUGCGGCCUUUGCUUCGUAAGAAAGGAAACUGCUGAUAAACACAAAAUUAUAUGCCCAGGAAAAGAUGCCAAAAAUCCCUGCUUAAAAUGCAACUAUUUCUUCACUCGGGAAGAGUUAGUGGUGCAUGCCUUUGAGCAUCACCUGAAGGAAACACAAAUUGUUAUAGAAAAUAUUAUACCUGAAGUUAUUGUAGUAGAUUCGGAUGAGGAGAUCAUUGAGAUCGAUUCAAGUGAUGAUGAUGAUGACUCAAAAAAUGAUGGUCUAAAUAACAUUCAGAUUAGAGCUAUAAAAUCAGAUCAUGAAACAAUGGCUCAAGGUUCUAAUGAGGUCGAGGCUGACAUUCAGAGCAUGGAUACGAUACAAGGGGCUGCAGCUGAUGCAAGCGUCGGGAACGAAGAACUAGUUGUGGCUUCAGAAAGGACAAUACUUAUAGAAAAAACAGAGAUAGAUGAAACAAGUGAAGACGAAGAAAGAUCUAAUCAUACAUUUGAAGAAAUUAAUAAUGAAAUGACUGACGACGACUCUCAAGACACAAUCGCUUAUGAAACUAUAGAAUCCCGCUCUGAAGUAGUAACCCAAGCUCCCGAUACUAAUAAACAGGGUCAAUUAAAGUUAGUGGCCCCCAAUCUUUUGAUAAGCCCACUCUUUAACCCGAAUGAAAACGGGUUUUUGAAAUUAUGGAAUAUAGAUGCGUUAAGCAGAAGAAUAAACACAGAUAUCCAAAAUGUAAGAGAACACAUUGAAUCGACGACUAACAAACCAUCUGAUGUAGUUGCUAUUAAAGAGGAGAGAUCUUGGCUGUAUGAUCCUACAGAUUUUUCGCACAUUUCUAAAAGACAGUCUUUAAGGCAAGAAGUGCGUCCACGUUCUAAUGAUCUACUAAUUCAAGAAGUGGAGUCACUGUUGACAGAUGACGAAGAAACAGAAAAUAAUCCAGGUAAUGAAGAGGGACAUAAUGUAUCUAAUUCCCAAACUGUUAUAGAACAGACUAUUAAUGGAACAAAUGAUGAAGAGAUGUUAAAUGAGACAAUGAAUGGAUUGAACAAUGAACUGUUACUUGAGGUACCAAAUAUUAACAAAGGAAAUGAUAUAACACAUGAAACAUUAAACAAAACUGAUGUUGAUAAUGCAAAUGCACCAAUAGAGUCGAAUAAAAACGGUACUCAUGAAGUUAACCUAAAUAAUUCAACUAGAAUUGAAAGUGAAGAAAUAGAAAACAAUGAAGACCAAUACAGUGAUGAUGAUCUAUUUCUUCCAUCUCUACCACCAGGCAUUGAAAAUCUUGGACACAGACAAGAGCUUAACGAUAAAGAAAAUGAAAAUAAUAAAGUACUGAACGAUGAAGAAAGUAACCAAGUAAACUGUAAUGAGAUGGCAGCUAAUGACACACCUAAUGUCAUAACAGAAAACCCAACUGAGAAUGAAACCGAGACAGAACAUGCAAAUAUUAGAUCUGAGAAUGAUUCUCUAGUAACAGAUGUUAUUAAUGUUCUUAAUAAGACAGUUGACAAUAAUGAAAAGGGUAAAAAUGAAAAAUUAAAUGAUAGACCAUCUGUUUUGGAAGACACAUCAGCAAUCACUAAUGUUGACGAAACAGAUACGAAUUGUAGAUCAUCCGCUGCGAAAGAUACAUUAACAGCAAAUAAUAUUGAAAAUAUUAAUAGUAAUAUUCAACCUAUAACUGCACUUGACUCAUCAGAAAAUCAAAUAAUAGCCACAGAUAAUAUAAUAAAUAUAAAAAGGGAGUUACAAUACAUGAAUAUAAAUAUAAAAAGAGAACUUAUCGAGGAAAAUGAAAACACUGAAAAUAGCUGUGAUAAAGAUAUAGUACAAGUAAAAAGAGAGCCAAAUUAUAUUUUAGGAAACGUUUAUAAUGAUGAUAAAGUGACUGAAGUGAAUGAUGACGGUGGUAAUUGUAGUAUUGUUUAAAUUUGGUAAAAUAAGCCUGUUUUUAUUUCGACUUCUACAGCCUGGAAAAAUAGAGUACAGAUCAAUAGGGGCGCCACUGUCCAUGUAAACUGUUUUGCAUGUUGGUACAUGUGUCGCUUGUAUGAGAACAGAAAUGGUUGCUGUGAUAAAAAAAAUUGUUCCAUUUUUCUACUCUUUCUGUCAGGCUGGACUCGAAUUUGUUUUUUUUAACCCCCGACACAAAAACGACGGGGUGUUAUAAGUUUAACGUGUCUGUCGUGUGUGUGUGUCUGCCUGUCUAUUUGUCUGUCUGUCUGUCUGUG